AUGGAUGCCGGCUCUUCUUCAGAAUGGGGCUCUAGCCUCCGAGCCGCGCACACCCAUACGACCCGCCAUGGCGCGAUGGCAGUCGCGUUGCGUCGUGGUUCGACGUGGCGCGCGUGCCCUGCCGACCUGCUGGCAUUCCUGCAGGACUCGUCACUGCCACUACAUGCGCGCCGUGGCGGAGCGCACUGGGAUUCAGACGCGCUUUGGCGUUCCAGUCGCCCCCGCUGUCGUUGGAGCCGCGACAUUGCGGCAGCGGGGCGGCGAGGCGGAGCAGGAGCGGCCGCGCGCCGAGGUCUGGCACGGGAGCUCCGAGGAGCCGGAGUCUCCUCGGCUACGGGCCGCCGGUCGGGGCGGCCAGGGCCAGGGCGGCGCUGGCGGCCGCGGCGCGGCGCUCGUGGCAGCCUCCGCGAAGAAGAUCGUGAAGGCGCAGCGCAGAGUGACUGCGCGGGCGGCGGGGCGCGGCGCCGCGGGCAAGUCCGCCGCGCGGAGGAGUGCCCAGAUCCAGAGGAAUGCAGCCUCCGCCGGCGGGCAACCGAACGCGCGCGGGGGCCGCCACAAGGCCGCCAAGAUUGGCGACGUCGGACCCCGGGAGCGGCUUGCAGCGCCAGCAGCUCUGGGUCGUCAUCUGCGUUGUCUUCCAGCGGUUCCACUUCUGCCGGGCUGUCCAGCGGCCGGGCGCCAUGAGCCGCGUCGCAGGCCAGCGCGGCCUCCGCUCCGCCGCCUGCCGCGGCGUCGCAGGCCAGCAAGACGUCGGCGUCCCGAGGCGUCCCAAGGCUUCGCAGGCCAUCGCAGCCUCUGCGCGGGGCGUCGCCACUGACAGCCCCCGGGGCGAUUGCCGCUGCAUUGUGCGCCGCGGGAAGCACCGGCUUGAGUUCUGCCCGCCUGUGCCGCCCAGGUUGUGGACGGAGGCGCGCGCGCGCGGAGGACGUGGCUACGUUGCGAGAGAGUCGGCUGCGAAGACGGAGCGCGUCUCAGUCAGUUCUGUUCGUGCCGCAGGAUUGCGCGCGCGUCUCGAGUUCGAGGCGACGGGAGUUGUUUGUUCUCGGCGUGUGCCCGGGCGCUCCGGCUGCGCGAUCCAGCGGCCCUUCGCGCAGCCCCAGUCCAGUUCAUCGCGCAGAACCCGCUCCGGGACUUCGAGGGCGUGCCUCUGCGCAGUUGGCUCUGGCAUGAGCGGCGCAUCACCGCGAACAGGUACAGGGAGAUUCUGCGCGGGAGCUAUGCCCCUGACGCUUGGGGCGGCGCGCUCGAGGCUUGCGUCAUCGGCCAGCUUCACAAGCGCGACGUGCAAUUUUGUGAGGUCACCCAGGGUGGUUUCGAGCGGAGCACGCAUAUCAUUUUCCAAGGGGUUGAUGCAGACCGCAGCAGAACGCCUGUGACCAUCUUGUGGAGCGGCACCCAUUAUGACCUCCUGCGCGUUGAAGCGCGUGCAGAGGUGUGCUCAGAGCGGUGACCAGUCUACCAUCUGGAGACGCAUGGCCUCGCACUGGGACUGCAGGCGCAACGU